CAACAUGUACAACCUCCCCAUGGGACUGAUUUGGGCAAUUUUUUGCACAAGUCCUUUGCCUCUCCACUCAUCCUUUCAAUAAAACAAAAAAGAAGAAACCAAAAAGAAAACGCUCCAAAAUGCAACAUAUUCCACAAAUAUCCAACACAAGCCCAAAUGUGCCACCAAAAUGGAGUGUAA